CAUUAGUUUAAUGUUUGCUGAAUCACCGGAAGCAAAAAGGAGGGCCCAGCAGAUACAAGCAAAAACGUGUGCAAGCUCUGGAGCUUGUCCUGCUCCUGCCUGCACUUCUGCAGAGGGAUGGGGCUGAUCCUGAAGAUUUUGAUCCCUUUGCUGGGACUGGUGCUGGCCUACUAUUUUUAUUCAGCUCCUGAGAACUUCAAUGAAGAGAUGCUCCGUGGGAAGCGGGUGAUCGUGACCGGAGCCAGCAGCGGCAUCGGGGAGCAGAUGGCCUAUCACCUCGCACGCAUGGAGGCCCACCUCCUGCUCACGGCACGCACGGAGGCCAAGCUGAAGAAAGUAGUGAGGCGGUGCCUGGAGCUGGGCGCCGCGUCCGCCCGCUAUGUGAGCGGUUCUAUGGAGGACGCCACGUUCCCCGAUGUGGUGGUGAAGGAGGCUGAGAACACCUGGGGCGGCCUUGAUAUGCUCAUCCUAAAUCACAUCGGUUACAGCUACUUCAACUACUUUGAUGGGGAUGUUGGGCACAUCCGAAAGCUCCUGGAGAUCAACUUCCUCAGCUACGUGGCAAUGACAGUGUCUGCCCUUCCCAUGCUGAAGGAGAGUGAUGGUAGCAUUGUUGUCCUUUCAUCCAUGGCAGGUAGAAUUGGCACCCCAUUUAUUGCUCCCUAUACUGCAACUAAGUUCGCCUUGGAAGGGUUUUUCAGCUCCUUGAGACAGGAAUUCAUCAUGGAAAAGGUCAACGUCUCCAUCACACUCUGCGUCCUGGGCUACAUUGACACAGAGAACGCGGUGCGAGCGGUCUCGCACGCCGUGCGGCACAAACCAGCGCCAAAGGAGGAAUGUGCACUGGAGAUCAUCAAGAGCGGGGCGCUGCGCCAGCGGGAGCUGUACUACCCAACCCGGCUGAUGGGCAACCUGCUGCUCCUCCGGGCCGUAGCCCCCGACUUCCUCGACUCCCUCAUCAGGGGCAACUAUAAGGUGGAAAACAUCAAAAGACCAUAGCACCCAGGGCAGGGAGCAUGCCAGGACACCUUGGGCCAGACAUGAGGGGUUUGGGUGUUAAUCUGGCUACUUGGGUGCCCUUUUCCAUACCACCAGGACAGCCCCAUGCUGAUGCACCCUGGCAAUCUGAAACAGCUUUAAAGAAUCCCAGACUGGCUUGGGCUGAAAGGACCUUAAAGCUCCUCCAGCUCCAACCCCUGCCCUGGGCAGGGACCCCUUCCACUGGAGCAGCUUGCUCCAAGCCCCUGUGUCCAACCUGGCCUUGAGCACUGCCAGGGAUGGGGCAGCCACAGCUUCUCUGGGCACCCUGUGCCAGCGCCUCAGCACCCUCACAGGGAAGAGCUUCUGCCUAAGAGCUCAUCUCAGUCUCCCCUUGGGCAGGUUAAAGCCAUUCCCCUUGGCCUGUCCCUGCAGGCCCUUGUCCAAAGCCCCUCUCCAGCUUUCCUGUUGGCCCCUUUAGGCACUAGAAGCUGCCCUAAGGUCUCCCUUAGGAACCUUCUCUUCUCCAGGCUGAACAACCCCAGUUCUCUCUGCCUUUCUAGGAUACACCAGAAGUCAGUAACACACAGCAUUAAAACAUCCUUUUUAGUAGUGAACUCUUGGCUUUUUUCCGACCAAGAGGCUUCUUUAGAGAAGCUCCUGACAGCAGGAUCUGCUGCCAGCAUCCUGCUCACCAGCAGGUUUCCUGAUCAGCCUUCCCACACCAAGAGCCACAAAGGCAGUGGUGCUGAGCCAAGGCCAGAAUGAACAGCACAGAGCACCCAAAGCCUCAAGAGCCUCUUUGAACUGUGCCUUUUUCAUUUGGUCAUAUAUCCCUUCUAGGCUGGUCUUUGUAAAAAUAAAUCCUGUGUUACAAGA